AGAACGCUAAUGUGCAUUUUCUGGGAUGAGUAACAAUUGAUCUGUAAUAAUGUUAUAAAUUUGGGGUUAAAGAAGAAUUGUAUGAUUUUGUGUGUUUUUGUUAAAAACAAUACUGAGCUUCGACAUGGGAGCAGUUACAGACGAUGAUAUUAUAAAACGACGUCUGCUGAUUGAUGGUGAAGGCGGAAAUGAUGACAAACGUCUAAACAAUCUCUUGAAAACAUUCAUUCGUUGGUACAGUUCUCCUGAUGAUGAAGAAAGUCAAAAUACAUAUCAUCGAAUGCUGUCCAUGCUAUCCCAGAGUGAGUUUACCAUGGAAAAGUCGCUUCAAGUUCAUGCCAUGAACUUGCGUGAACAAGAAAACUAUGAGAAACUCACCAAAGAAAUUGAGAACAGAAUUAAAGAAGCCACGACACAAAUAGCAGAAUGCAAACAGGAGCUGCAACAAGCAAAGCGCAUAAGAAAGAAUAGACAAGAAUAUGAUGCUCUGGCAAGAGUUAUACAACAACAUCCAGACCGACAAGAAACAACAAAGCAGUUGCAGGUCCUGGAUAAAGAAUUAUCCUCAUUAGCAGAUACGAAAGAAAAACUGGAAGAAAAGCUGGAGCUGAGACGCAAACAGUUUUUGGUUCUUAUAACUUCAAUUCAUGAAUUGCAGCGAAUCCUGGAAGAAGAUGAGAAAAAGGAGGAGGAGAUGGAAACUAGCAAAGAUUGACACAGUGCAUGGAAUAAUUGCAUAUGAGAAACAGAUUGGUUGAUUGUGACUGAAGGAGAGCCCAAUUAUUUGCUCCUUUUGUACCUGUUUUAUUGUGGAGAUUUUGGUGUGUAUGCUGAAUAAACAGUUACAUAAUA